AUGGAUCCAUAUGCCCUCAAGCAAGACAAUAGAAAAAGGUUUAAGGACAAGCAGCACGCUAAGCAGCGUCAUGCUACUCCUAGCGAUAGAAAGUACAGGGCUUUGAAGCGCCAAGAACAGGCCCAUGAAGAUGAACAGGAGGCACCACCACCACCACCCUCAAACGAGUACAGAUAUCAUGAAGACGUUACUAUGGCGUAUGGGGAGCAGCAAGACGAAGAACGUAAUACUCAUGCUAAUAAAAGGGUGAGAGAGUUGUUGAUGAACAAGGACGAAGGCUCUGGACUUAAUCUAGACCAGGGGGGACUCUCCAAGGAAUCACAGGCCGCAGUUACAAGGAAAGAACUUGAAAAGAUGGACGUUGCUGGUCUGAACAGAGUUCUAGGAAGAUCACAUACGCCUGAUUUGGUCAAACAUACAAAUGAUCCUCUAGCACCUCCCAGACAGGCUACAAAGUCGCAAGAAAAGGCAAGAAAGGAACCUAGCCCUAACAAAAACGUUUCAACUGUUCCCCAAGACCUGAAAGAUGACGAGGACUUCCUGGAUGGACUCAUUUAG